UCUACAACCUUGCUGAGUCGCUGUGAGCAACGCCGUCUGAACAAAGAUGGCCGCGAGGGGCCCAUCGAGACGUACCGGCAGCUCCUCUGCUACCCCAGCCGCAGAGGGCAGCAGUCGUCUCACCGGCAACGGCAGUAGCAGCGGCACUCCCGCCUUGCCCCUCCCUUCCGCCUCUACUCCCUCCGCUAGCACGAAUAGCAAUCUUCUCCCCUUCGCUCGGACAAUUGUCCGCUCGAUCGUUCCUGCCAACGAUGAACCGCUAGAUGAAGGAGAUGCUCUCAUUAUCCUGGCAAGGGGACUGGGUCUGAGAUCCAUUGUAGCGAGCAUCCUCAAGAUCUAUGAUGCACCCACCAACUUGGUCCUGGUGGUCAAUGCUCGGCCAGACGAGGAGACGGGCUUGACGGAGGACCUGACUUCGCUAGGAGUGAGGAAGCCGGGCUUGCGUAUCAUCACAUCCGAUACGCCUACUGCAAAGAGGCCAGGCAUCUAUGCUUCUGGCGGUUUGAUCUCAGUGACAUCACGUAUUCUAUGCGUAGAUAUGCUGAACAAGACUGUUCCGGUGGAUCUCAUCACCGGUAUCGUAGUCCUCCACGCCGAAGACGUCACGCCUACCUCAUCGGUAGCGUUCAUUGCUCGAAUCUACCGACGUACGAACAAGGAUGGCUUCCUCAAGGCAUUCUCAGACGAUGCGGACUCCUUCGCUAUGGGUCUGAGUCCUUUGCAGACUGUGAUGGGACAAUUGCAGAUUCGUAAGGUCGAGCUCUGGCCCCGAUUUCACCGGUCCAUCAUCCGCGAUCUGGGUGAGCGCAAAGCAGACGUCGUAGAGCUACAUCAGCCGCUCAGCCGCUCCAUGAAGCGGAUACAAGACAGUAUUGUGGAAUGUCUCGAUGCUACACUCAAUGAGGUCAAGCGGUCCGUCUCCGGAGUCGAAGUCGAAGAGUACACGCUAGAAAACGCAAUCUUCCGAGCAUUCGACGUCAUCGUUGAACGUCAGCUCCAGCCGCGGUGGCAUCAGCUCAGCAACAAGAUGAAGAGAUUGGUCAAUGACCUGAAAAAGCUACGACACCUCCUGAGCCACCUCAUCUCGUACGAUGCUAUUACCUUUCUUAAGCUUCUCGAGAUCACUCAAGCUGGUGAAAGCAAACGGCUCAGCGGCUUUAAUCAGGACAACAGAAGUCCUUGGCUGGACACAGAUGCCGCCAAUGUCAUCUUCCGUGAAGCCAAAGCUCGAGUGUACAUCGGCGACGUCAUGUCCGAGGAGGAAGAGGAGAGGGAAAAGCAGACGCGUAUGGCCAAAGUGACGAAUGACCCGAUUGAGGUCGACUCAGAUGAAGAGGAAGCUGCCUUUGGCGGUCGACCUAAGAAAAGCAAGAACGCAAGUGGAAGGCGGCCUUGGUGGCUUCCCCCAGGUAUCGAGCCAAUCCUCGAAGAACAACCAAAGUGGCAGCUCUUGCGAGAAGUUCUGGACGAGGUCGAACAGGAAAUCUACUUUAGCGAGAACAAGGAAGGCUUAGCAGCCCCAAACAAUACUAUCCUGAUCAUGACGAGUACCGAUCGCACACGCGCACAAGUGCAGUCAUAUCUUUCGACGAUGAACGAAUCCAUGAUCGGCGAACCAGACGAGCCGGACGACGACGCAGAAGUGCCAGCGGCGCCGGCCAGGAAAAUGAUGAUGCGUUCUUUCCAGUACUACCUCAAGGACAAGGCCGGCUUGGGAGACAUGGCGGACACGUGGGAAACGCUGGUGGGCGGCGGCAGUGACACCAACGGCAGUACUCGGCCUAGCUCUGUUGCUGCAAGCGCCGCUUCGAACCCAGACAAGGAUGGUGCACAGUCAUUCGAAAGCGAUGCUCUCAAGCGCAAACAGAUUUGGGAGCGAGGAGCAGCUCCCCCGAACAAGCGAAGGCGGCAAAGAGGUGCGGCCGUGAGCGCUGCAGGCUCGUCGCGCUCCGCAGCUACAGCUGCUGAGAGAUUUGAGAAGGAGGCGAUGGAGUUGUCAGAGUUCCAGAAACGAGCACAAGCGAUGGCGGUUGACGACGACGACGAUGAACUUGGGCUAGAUGGCGGGAACUCUGACGACGAGGAUGAUUUUGAGAUCACUGGUGUCCACCAAAUCCCAGACCAGCUAUCGUCGGCAGAGUUCGACAACUUCUUUGGUAUCCUCACUCUGGACGAUUUGGUCGUCGUGCGGACCUAUCGAGGAGACAGUGAUGACUACGUCCUGCAAGAGCUGCGGCCACGCUUCAUCAUCAUGUAUGACCCCGACGCCGCUUUUGUCCGCCGGAUCGAGAUGUAUCGCAGCACCACUGCUGGCGUCAACCCUCGCGUCUACUUUCUGCUCUAUGCAGAGUCAAUUGAGGAGCAGCGAUACCUCUCCUCAAUCAGAAGGGAGAAGGAGAGCUUCGAGAAGCUGAUUCGAGAGAGGUCGAUCAUGGCUUUGCCUCUGCAGGCAGAUGGUCGACCGGCAGUGGAGAGUGCGGACGAUCGAUUCCUGCGCACCAUCAACAGUAGGAUUGCCGGUGGGCAGAGAGGCGUGACUCAAGAGCCACCGCGGAUCAUCGUCGACAUGCGAGAGUUCAAUUCCUCUUUGGCAAGCAUGCUCGACCUGGCCGGAAUCAUCGUCAUCCCACGCACCCUCACCAUUGGAGACUACGUCCUGAGUCCGCAAAUGUGCGUGGAGCGCAAAGCGAUUCUCGACUUGAUCCAAUCGCUCAACAAUGGUCGACUGUACAGUCAGUGCGAAGGGAUGACGCUGCACUACCUGCACCCCAUCCUCCUCAUCGAAUUCGGUCAAGACAAGUCCUUCUCCUUGCAGAGUGUGCAAACUGCCAAGAGUGGUCCAAAGAGCAAGCAACAACUCGUAGCGACGAAGAUGGACCCCACUGAACUGGACACGCAGACCAAGCUAGUCAUGCUCAUCAUUGCCUUUCCCCGACUCAAGAUCGUCUGGUCUCCCAGCUCCUCUGCCACUGCAGACAUAUUCGCCGAAUUGAAGAGCACCUACGAGGAGCCAGACGCAGACAAGGCCGCUGGACUCGGAGUUGAUUCUGAAAACGUCGGGACGUACAAUACCACUCCGCAGGACAUCCUCUUGAUGAUGCCUGGUAUCACUACGAAGAAUUACCGAUACGUGCAGAAUAACGUGAAAGAUCUAGAGGAAUUGUGCGAUCUUGACCUCGAGGAGAUUCAGGAAUUGAUUGGAAUUGAACCGGGUAGGAAAUUGCAUAACUUCAUAGUGGAGAAUGUCAAGGGAAAUAGCGGAGGGGUGCAGGUUUGGAGGGGAAGGGGAGGGAAUUGGCGACGGAGUGGGAGAGCUGGUCGCGGUUAUGGUGGUGGUGGUAGUGGUGGGAGAGGGUUCCGAGGGUUCAAUGCAAGGCGUUAGAAGACAAUGUAGCAUUACAAAGAACAGUGUUGCAAAGAUACGAUGAUAGUGCUACCACGGCACAUCCUC